AUGGCCAUAAUCGUGAAAGAGAACGAAACGGCUACAUUAUCAGCGAAGGUUACCGGACAUCCAGAACCCAUAAUCCGAUGGUUCAAGAACAAGGACGAGGUCCAUAACGACGACACGUUCCAGAUCACCAAACAGGGGGAGCUGUGCACGUUGACGAUCAAGAAGUGUUCGUUGAUGCACGCGGCUGACUACAAGAUCGAGGCGUCGAACAUAGGUGGCAAAGCAGCAUCCGUUUCCAACAUCAUCGUGCAAAAACACGGAAGCAUCAAUUCGAAUAUUCCUACGUUUACGAAGUUCAUCCAGAACGUAAGGACGAAACCAGGCACCACUGCGGUUUUCACGACAGAGUUCUCUGGAACUCCUUUACCGACGUGCAGUUGGUUGUUCAACGGCCAGACAAUUACGUCGACGAAUGAUACGAAGAUUACCACUGCCGAUGGUAAGAGCAAGUUGGAAAUACGAUCGGUGUCCAGCGCACACGUUGGACAGUACUCCUGUCAGCUUACCAGUAGUUCCGGCUCGAUAACUUGUUCUGCGACAUUGACCCUUAGUUAA